AUGAGCGCGUGUGGGAGGAAGGCCCUGACCCUGCUCAGUAGUGUCUUUGCUGUCUGCGGCCUGGGCCUUCUGGGCAUCGCGGUCAGCACUGACUACUGGCUGUACCUGGAGGAAGGCGUGAUCCUGCCCCAGAACCAGAGCACCGAGGUGAAGAUGUCCCUGCACUCAGGCCUGUGGCGGGUCUGCUUCCUUGCAGGAGAGGAGCGAGGACGCUGCUUCACCAUAGAAUAUGUGAUGCCCAUGAACUCCCAGCUGACCUCCGAGUCCACGGUCAAUGUUCUAAAAAUGAUCCGCUCGGCCACGCCGUUCCCCUUGGUCAGCCUCUUCUUCAUGUUCAUUGGGUUUAUCCUGAGCAACAUCGGGCACGCCCGUCCCCACAGGACAAUCCUGGCCUUUGUCUCAGGCAUCUUCUUUAUCCUGUCUGGCCUCUCUCUCGUGGUGGGCCUGGUUCUGUACAUCUCCAGCAUCAAUGAUGAGAUGCUCAACAGGACCAAGGAUGCAGAGACGUACUUUAACUACAAAUAUGGGUGGUCAUUUGCCUUUGCUGCCAUCUCCUUCCUUUUAACAGAGAGUGCCGGUGUGAUGUCUGUGUACCUGUUCAUGAAGAGGUACACUGCCGAAGACAUGUACAGGCCUCACCCAGGCUUUUACCGGCCGCGGCUGAGCAACUGUUCUGAUUACUCAGGCCAGUUCCUCCACCCUGACGCCUGGAUCCGGGGCCGCAGCCCCUCCGACAUCUCCAGCGACACCUCCCUGCAGAUGAAUAGCAACUAUCCAGCUUUGCUCAAGUGCCCAGAUUACGACCAGAUGUCCUCCUCACCCUGCUGAGCUCCGGCCACCUCCCUGCUGGACUGUGGUCAGCUGGACAAUCGUUUCCUCAUCUCUAUCCCCCGACUGGCCCCUGAGCCCCAACUUGGCAGGUCCAGGCCACCCCUGCUUAGCCUUUGUGACUUGACUUGUCUUCUCCCUGCUUGUCCCAGAGUAGUUCUAAUGGCCAAUGUAAGUGUGGGAGCCUGAGAUUCUGGAGCCCAGGGGGCAUGCUGAUUGGCUGAGAUCAUGAGUGAGGCCCCACCUCUGGAAUGCCAAUCAUAGCCCAGACUCUGGGAAGCCUGAAGGGCUCCGUGCCAGGAGAGAGGCCAUCCUUGUUCUAGUUGUAUAUUGUUCCCACACUCCCAACUUCCUGGCCCCAGCUAAGGCCAGCUCUAAAGUGCCAAGUUCCUGACACAGACACAACCGGACUCCAGUGCCUGCCAACUGGCCUGGCCCUCAGUCCACAGUGUGGGCCAUCAGGGCCAAAAGGAGAUUGAUCUUGAGGUCUGGCUGGCUCUGAAACAUCACAUGGGCGGUUCCUUCUGUAAUGCUUUAGCCUUUGAUGUCACCUGCCUCUUUCUCUCUAUACAACACACCUGUGUGUGCCAGCCUGGCUCCUAGGCUAGAGAUCUCUCCACUUCUCUUCC